GAAGCUACUUCCGGGGUUGCUCUUCCGGAAGCCGGAAGUUGUCCGCCCAGCCCUCUUAAGUGGGCGGCUGGGGUCGCCGAGGCGGGAGGAGCCCGGGGGGGCGCGGGCCUGCAUGUUUAAACUACUGUUAGAGUCGUGCUCACGCUUCCGAAUUUCCUGUGACCAAGCUUACUUCUGCCCGAGUUGGACCUUCUUUCUGGAGGGAUUUUGUGUUGGAAGACAUGGAUCUUGCUGCUAAUGAAAUCAGCAUUUAUGACAAACUUUCAGAGACUGUUGAUUUGGUGAGACAGACAGGCCAUCAAUGUGGUAUGUCUGAGAAAGCCAUUGAAAAAUUUAUCAGACAGCUGCUGGAAAAGAAUGAACCUCAGCGGGGGCCACCCCAGUAUCCUCUUUUGAUUGCUGUGUAUAAGGUCCUCAUAACUCUGGGCUUCAUUUUGCUCUCUGCCUACCUUGUGAUUCAGCCUUUCAGCCCAUUAGCACCCGAACCUGGGCUUUCUGGAGCUCAUACCUGGCGCUCACUCUUCCAUCACAUUCGGCUGAUGUCCUUGCCCAUUACCAAGAAGUAUAUGCCGGAAAAUAAAGGGGCUCCUCCACAAGUCAUUGAUCAAGACAGACCCUUUCCAGAUUUUGACUUCUCUCAGAUUUGGACCAACAACUGUGAGCAGAAUCGGUCAGAGACGGUCCCUGCCGACUGCACCGGCUGUGCUCACCAGUUGCCCCUCAAGGUGGUACUUGUGGAAGAUGCCCCGAAGAACUUUGAUGGCCUCCAUCCUCUGGUUAUCAAGACGGGCCAGCCUGUGAUGUCUGAGGAGAUGCAGCACUUCCUGUGCCAGUACCCCGAGGCAACAGAAGGCUUCACGGAAGGGGUUUUCGCCAAGUGGCGGCGUUGUUUUCCUGAGCGGUGGUUCCCAUUCCCUUACCCAUGGAGAAGACCUCUGAACAGAUCACAAAUUUUACACGAACUUUUUCCUGUUUUUAACCAUCUGCCGUUUCCAAAAGAUGCCUCCUUAAAAAAGUGCUUCCGUCUCCACCCAGAGCCUGUUGUGGGAAGUAAGAUGCAUAAGGUGCAUGACUUAUUUACUCUUGGCAGCGGAGAGGCCAUGUUGCAGCUCAUCCCUCCCUUCCAGUGUCGAAGACACUGUCAGACCGUGGCCAUGCCCAUAGAGUCUGGGGACAUUGGCUACGCCAGCGCCCCACACUGGAAGGCCUACAUUGUAGCCAGAGGGACGCAGCCUUUGGUCAUCUGUGAUGGAACCACUCUCUCAGCACCAUAGGAAACAGAACUGUAGGAGCAGCUUAGCGUGCUGACCACCAGGUUGAAAGGGAAGAAAUGAAAAGGACGAGCCACGUUCCAGGGGCUGGUUCCUCAGCUCCCGCCCUUGGCAUGCAUGUGCCCGCCAGCUGCUCCUCCCCCAGAUGGCUCAAGAAGGAUUCCAGCCUGGCUGCAUCACUGGGGCUCUGCCAGCAUCUGUCUGGGGCUCAUCUAGCCUCUGGAUGCUGUGGCCUGAGUUCGCCCCACUGGCAGGAAAUCUACGCGGUGCCCUCCUCCACUGGGAAGGCCAUGGAGGUGGCAGCCGGUGGAUCCUGGCAUACAGCUGCCCCUUAGCAAAUGGACCUGAUCUUCGCUGUCUGCCCCGUACCCCGAUGGAAAUCCAUGGCCAAGGAAGUCACAGCACUUUGCCAAGCAGAGUGGAAUUGAGAACAAAAGAUCAAAUAACUUGAAUUGCCGUUAGAUGUGUGAGGCCCUGGGUCCCAGCACUGCAAAGUACAAAAGUUUUAUCAAACCCUCCUCCCUAGCGUCCCUGGCUCUUGGAGUCAGUGAUGCCAGGCUGGAGUGUGAGUAUAAUUUUAAUAUAAUUCCGAAGCACACACUUCUCUCCAGGUUUAUAACACCCCAGCUCUGCCCCCAUCUAAAUGUGUUCCCAGAACCUGGGCUCCCGGUCCCCUCCCGUGGCUGGGCCGGAGCCCCCACUGCUCAGGCAGCGGCCCUCGUCCGCCCCUUACCUACUUUGUCUUCAGAGGGAGGCGAGCUCGUGCUGGCUGGGGGAGAGGGCCCUGCCUGGGUUGGAUCACAGGGCCUGACUGUACAGGGGCUGUUUUGCAGGUGUGUGCAAGCUGCUGUCGUAAUGUGGCUGGCAGAAGAGCUCCAGACCCAGCGGGGCUAUGUCACUCACUGUAAUUGGUGAUCCUCCGUCCUAAAAAGGCUUCCCCUUUGUCCUGGGGGACAGAGUGAACUGUUAUUUUUGUAGUGACAUAAAGCUGUGCUCCGA